CCAAAACAUAACGCCUGCCGUGCUGCAGGCGUUACAGAAAAACCAAAGCAAGCUGUCAAAACUUCCAUUUUGAAAAUCGGCGGUUUGUUCGUUGUUGCUCUUUCUCCUCUGUGGUCGCGGUGGUGCGAUUUUGCGUGCGGAAAAUGUUUUAACUUUUUUGGUGUUUCGAUAAAUAUUUUGUUGGAAAUUAGAAAACUUGUUAAGUUUCUUCAGUUCGGGAGUGUUUUUGUUGAUUGAUUUCAUUGAUUGUGGAUCGGGUGUUAGAAUGGCGAGCAAUCAAUCGGCGGAUUCGGUGAAGGUGGCGUUACGCAUUCGACCGUUGAAUCAGCGCGAAAGGGACCGCGGCUGUCGGAUUGUGGUCGAGCAGCCCACUUGCCGGGAACCGCAGGUUGUGAUCGGAAAUGGGAUCAGUGGCAAGCCGGAGGCGUUUACGUUCAACUAUGUGUUUGCGCCGGAGGAUUCACAGGAGCACUUGUACGAAAGUUCUGUCCAGCCGCUGCUGGAGAAGCUGUACGCCGGAUACAAUGUGACCAUCCUGGCAUAUGGACAGACGGGUUCCGGGAAGACGUAUACAAUGGGAACGAAUUACGACGGGGAGGAGGACGAGACGAUGGGAGUGAUUCCGCGCGCGAUCAAUGACAUUUUUGAGCGGGUCAAGGAGAUGGCAAGCGAAUCGGAAGUGACCAUAAACUGCUCCUUCAUGGAACUGUACCAGGAGAAUUUGUACGAUCUGCUAUCGAGUAAGGGAACCCGCGAAGAGCGAGUGGUGGACAUCCGGGAGGCAAACAAUCAGAUUGUUAUUCCGGGAUUGACGGAGAUUCCCAUCCGGUCUGCGGAGGAAACCUUCGAAGCGCUGAUGAGGGGAUCCCAGGAGAGGGCCGUUGCUUCCACAGCGAUGAAUGCCGUUUCCAGCAGGAGUCACGCAAUUUUUACACUGAAUUUGACGAACCGCAUCAAAGGUGAAAAGCCAACGGUCACGACCAGCAAGUUCCACCUGGUGGAUUUGGCCGGGUCGGAACGGCCCAAGAAGACGCAAGCCACCGGAGAGCGAUUCAAGGAAGGUGUCAAGAUCAAUCAGGGUCUGCUGGUGCUGGGGAAUGUCAUUUCGGCGUUGGGAUCCUCGGGUGGACCGCUUGGACACGUUCCUUAUCGGGAGUCAAAGCUCACCCGACUGCUGCAAGAUUCGCUAGGGGGAAAUUCCCUGACGCUGAUGGUGGCCUGCGUUUCGCCGGCCGACUACAACUGCGAGGAGACGAUCAACACCCUUCGAUAUGCAAAUCGGGCCAAAAACAUCAAGAACAAAGCCGUCGUCAACCAGGAUCCGAACCAGGCGGAGAUCCGGCGGUUGAAUGCGAUCAUCCAGGAGCUGCGACUAGAACUAUUGGCCUACAGUGCCGGUGGGAAGGAGAAUGUUCCCGGUGCGGCAAACCGUCCAUCAACGGCUCCGGGCAGCAAGUCCGGAAUUGUCCGUUCCAACAGCGAUCACCAUUUGGCGAAUGGAUUCAUUCCCACCGUUGAGGCCGUCCGCCAGGAGAAGGAGAUGAUGGAAAAGAUUCGAACCUUGCAGCAGCAGCUGCAAUCGGCCUUGCAGGACAUGGCCAACGAUCAGCUGCGCACGUUGACGGCGGAGAAGAUCGUGGAAGAGAUCGAAGCCCUGCUGGCGCAAAGUCCCGAUUCGGACCUGAAGCAGGGAAUUCAAGCGAUCUUGGAUGGGUACAAGGAAGAAACGGCGUCGAUUCGGACAGAGUCGCAGACGUCCGACGCUUUGCUGCACUCUGCCGCUGAGGAGUUCCAGAAUCGCUCCGAUACGCACACUCAGAAGCAGAUGAAGAUUCGCGAGGAGCUGAGGCAGCUGAAUCGGGAGCUGGAACUUAAGGAAGAGCUCCAUAGGAAGUGCUUAGGGAAUAUUUCCAAUUUGACGUUUACCGUUGACGACAGUAACUGCAGCAGUAACGACAAACUCGAAGAGUAUGAGGGUAAAAUCAAGGAUUUAGAGAAGCAGAUUGAAGAACUGAACGAUCAGCUCAAUACGACGAAGGUGUUCGACAAGAAGAGCAAACUGGCUGAGGAGCGGCGGAAGAAGGUUCAGCAGUUGGAGUCAGAGCUUGCGGAGCUCAGGAAGAAGAGCAUCCAGCAGGCAAAGAUGCUGCAGUUGAAGGAGAAGGACACUCAGCGGGUGCAGAAUCUGAGCAGGGAAAUCCAAGCCAUGAAGGCAACUCGCGUCAAGUUGGUCAAGUCGAUGCGAGCGGAAAGUGAGAACUUCCGCCAGUGGAAGAUCAACCGCGAGAAGGAAAUUUGCCAACUACGGGAGAAGGACCGGAAGCUCAAGAAUGAGAUGGUUCGUCUGCAGACCGUUCAUGAUAAGCAGCAGAACGUGCUGAAGCGUAAGGUCGAAGAAGCGGUUGCUGUAAACAAGCGACUGAAGGAAGCAUUGGAGCGACAAAAGAAUGUCCAAGCUAUGCGAGCUGCCCGAGCUGUUGGGAAACCGGUUCGGGGUGCGGACGUUUCUUCCUGGGUGGACCACGAACUGGAACUGAUCCGUUCCGUUACGGAUGCUUCCGUCACCUUAAAACUCCUGAUGGACGAUCGCGCCUUACUGAAUAGCAAACUCCUGGAAAUGAAGGGCAACUCCGAUGAGCACAACGAAGACGAGAUCAAACAGCAAGAGCAUGACCUAGAACUUCGAAAUGCCCAGAUUGCCGAUCUUCAACAGAAAAUCCUCUCCACCGACGUCGACUCCAAGCAGAAGGCCAUCCUCGAGGGCAUCCCUACUCUCCCAGAAGCAAAGCAAGUGCUCAAAAAACUUCUCACCGUGUUCACCGAGACACAGGAAGAAUCGGCCAAGAACCGUCAUCAGCUAGUCGACACUCGCCUCUCGGUUGAAUGUCUGGAGGAAAACAUCCGUCAGCUAACUUCGGAGCUGGCCGAAACCAAGCAGCGCUUCACCGACGAAACCAACGAACUGGCCAAGAUGUACGAAGAGAAGCUCUCCAUGCUGCUGCUGUCCAAGCAAAAGUACGCCCGCCAGUCCAAGGAGAUGACCAACACGUGCGAUUCGAUCCUCCAGGAGGCCAGCGAUCGCAUGGAGAAAAUGCGCCAGGAGCUGGACUCGGUCAAGGAAGCCAACCGGUUGCUGAACAAACAGCUGGAGGAAGCGAAGAACAGUCGGGCUUCUCGGCGGACGCGGAACAAGGUGGCCGCACCCGUCGUCGAGGAUGACGACGAGGAGGAGGAAGAGGACGACGAACUGGAGUGGAACGACUCCGACCAGGAGGACGAUCCGGACUUUAGGGCCACUCCGCGCUAUAAGCAGAAAAGGGCCGGCAAGGGUAUUCGGGAAUCGGUGAUGAAGAAGGGCGCCGCAGCGAAGAAACGUCAAACGGCAGCUAGCGUAGAAUCGGAAGAAGGUAACAACACCACGGCCAAGUCCUCGCACAAUACGAGCAACCAGGCGCACUGCAGCUGCGGAUCGACCUGUUCUACCAAGCGAUGUGGCUGCAAGAAGCAGGGCGAAUUUUGCGGCGAUCAGUGUCGCUGUCCACCGGGAUGCGUCAACAAAAAGUUCGAUGAGAAAUCGCUCAAGGAAGACGAAGAGGAUGAUGGUGACCAAGAAAUGGCCGAAAGCGAGGUCAAAGGCGACGACGAUAACAAAGAGAACGUGGUGCAGCAGAACGGUGACCGAUCGCUGGAGAAGCGCAAAUCGCAGGACGAUAGCAGCGACGGCAGCGUGGAGAAUCACACGCCCAAACGGAUCAAGAACGACAUUCUGACGCCGACAUACGUGUACUCGGUCAAAAAGAGGAAGCCCCUGCUGGAUGACAUGUAAGAUGGACUUCCGGAGCUUAGGAAGAAGAACAGGAGUGAGUAGAAGAUACAAGACUUGAUUCGUUUGUAUUGUGCGAUUUUAGCAUGAUUAUUAUUCGUUAAGCUCAUUUGACCAUUUAAUUGUAUUGAUUCGACGGACCAUCUUCA